AUGGCAUCUCGUCUCGAAGAUGCUGAGAAGCACAUGGUGGAACACCGGGAUCUUGCCAGCGCGUCUAAUGAAAAGCUUGAGAGCCAACUUGCAGAGGCCGGUGAUGCCGAUAGCGACUAUGGAUUUACAAAAGUUGAGCAGAGGAAUAUCAUUCGCAGAAUCGACCGUCGACUGGUUCUUACCGUUGGUUUUAUGUACUGCGUUAGUCUUAUGGACCGGACCAAUAUGAGUGCCGCCAACAUUGCGGGCAUGAGUGUUGAGCUCAAGUUGAUCAACAAUCGAUACAACAUUGCCAAUCUCGUCUUUUUUGUGACGUAUAUUAUUUUCCAGCCCCCGUCCACUAUACUUGUGCGAGCAAUUGGACCGCGAGUUCACCUUGCAGCAAUAACACUUCUUUGGGGGGCCGUCAUGAUUGGAAUGGGGUUCGUCCAGAACUUCUCCCAGCUAGCAGCCCUCAGAGCUGUGCUUGGUCUCUUUGAGGCCGGCUUCUUCCCGAGUUGUGUUUACUUGCUCAGCACUUGGUACACUCGAUAUGAGAUUGGCAAAAGAUACUCGGUAUUUUAUGUUGUUGGAUGCUUAGCAUCUGCCUGUUCCGGUAUUUUGGCUUACGGCCUUAUGCAGCUCAACGGACGGGAAGGCCUCACAGGUUGGCGCUGGAUUUUCAUCAUCGAAGGCGCACUGACUUGUGGCCUGGCGAUUGGCUCUUACUGGCUUCUGGUCGACUUCCCAGAUUCCACUCGCAAGACUUGGAGCUUCUUAAAUUUGCGAGAGCGGCAGUGGAUUGUCAGUCGUGUCCAACGUGACAGAGGUGAUGCCAAGGUUGAGCCAUUCAACCUGGGAAAGUUCCUCCGAGGCGGAACCGACUGGAAGGUUUGGGUUUAUGCCAUGAUCUUCUUCAACACUACGACUAUAAGCUAUGCUCUUGCUUAUACGCUACCAAUUAUCCUUGUUUCCAAUAUGGGUUUCUCCGUGGGGGCAGCUCAGUGCCUUGUUGCCCCUCCUUAUGCUUUUGCUGGCAUCGUCAUGUUCACCAUGGGCUGGCUUGGAGACAAGCAUCGCAUUCGUGGACUCAUCAUUAUUGGCAACAUGGUACUGUGCCUCAUUGGCCUGCCGAUAAUGGGCUGGCACUCCAAGGCUGCCGUACGAUACUUUGGCGUUUUCCUCGUUACAGCCGGCGCCAACAGCAACGUUCCUGCUACGAUGUCUUUUCAGGCCAACAAUGUGCGUGGCCAGUGGAAGCGAGCCUUUUGCAGUGCCACGCUUGUUGGCUUUGGCGGCAUCGGCGGCAUUUGUGGCAGUCUUGUGUUCCGAGAGCAGGACAAACUUACUGGUUACAAACCCGGCAUGUAUGCAUGCAUCGCCUGUGCGCUUCUCAACGUUAUCCUGGUUUGCGUUUGUGAUUUGGAGUUUUUCCGACAAAAUAAGAAGGCCGACAGAGGCGAGAAGUUGCUGGAGAGCGACGAUAGUGUAAGGCCACCCGCCCUAUUGCAUCUCGAUGGUGCGUGA